AGCGUUAAACUGGGGCAAGAUACUUGGAUCUUCAAAUGAAGUCGUCGAUCUGCUAUAGAUCUAAAUUUUUGGAACUGCUAUUGAGUAGUAUUGGAGGACUUUACGAGUGUGCAGUACUCGCUGGGUUCCGGCCGACUGAUGAGGAGCUGAUUAACCACUUUCUGCGGCUCAAGAUAAUCGGACGUGAACAAGAAGUUAGUGUUAUUCGAGAAAUUGAUUUGUGCAAAUAUGAGCCCUGGGACUUGCCUGGUCUAUCUAGGAUAGGGUCGACUGAUGAUGAGUGGUUCUUCUUCUACCCGAAGGAAAGAAAGUAUCAGACUGGGUCGAGAUUGAAAAGAGUGACAGAAAAAGGCUACUGGAAAAGUACCGGUAAAGAUCGCGACAUAACUUCUAAGAAGGGGGAGAAGAUUGGGACAAGAAAGACUCUGGUUUACCACACUGGCCGUGCUGCUGAUGGCAAAAAGGCUAAUUGGAAAAUACACGAGUAUCAUGCCAUUGAUAAGUUGCUAGAGCCAACCACGUAUCCCAAUCAGGGUGACUUUGUCGUCUGUCGUCUAUUUAAAACGACUGAUCCGAAAAAAGAUGACAUAACUGAAAGCUCAAACAGCAAAGAAAACGAACAUAUUACCACUACUUUACCUAUUGAUUGGCAGGACAAUGGCGGUGUUGAUGAGACAGUAAGCCCCACGUUACCUAUUCCACCUCACUCACAUCUUGAUUGGAAUAUCUUACCGCCGUUACCUCCACAGAUGCUAGAGGAGAUUGAGAAUUCUUACCUCUCUAACAUCAACAGCAAUCACAGUGUUAUGCCAUUUCAACGUGAAACAGAUGCUUCUAAUAUUGAUGAAUUUAUUAACUCUGUUCUUGUCAGUUCAGACGAUUGUCCCAAUGAAGAUUCUGGCAUGUACAAAAUGUCAUUUCUUGAAACAGAAACUCCUAAUCACCUUAAACCUCUGGGGUUUAGAAAGUCAUCUAGCAAAUCACAGGUGGAGGUUCCCAGAGAACAGCCCCAGGUCGAAACAUGUGUUACUUUUGAAAUGGAAACUGCUGAGCAAAAUGAACAGAGACUUCCUCAUGCUAGCGGUGAUUACCAUCACAAAGACCUGAUUGAGAAAAACAAGCCUUUAAUGGAGAAUAUUUUCUCAGCAGUCUCUUCUGGAAAUCAGAUUCUUAACUUGUCAAAUAUAGAACAAUCAGUUGGUCACAGCAAUGUGGUGGGCAGUGGCAGCACUAUCGGAACUGCAAAUAAAUUGAGUACUCAACAACCUCCAAAUCGAACAGGUGCCCAAAAUUUUGAAGCAGGGGAAACUGCUCCUAGAAGAAUUCGCCUGACAGAGAAAUUACAAAUUGGAUCUAUUGACUGUGGCCUGCCCAGGGUUCAACUGGAUAGUGAAAUAAGCAUUGAAGGGGACCCGGCAAUAAUUGAGAAUGAUAAAUCUACAGAUGUUCACACCUCGAAGGAUUUGGACGAAACAAAUAACAUCAAAGAGCAGAUAGCUAACUGCUUGAGCACAAAAGUGAAGCCCCUGAGUGAUUUACAGAGAAAACUGAAUAAGAUUGAUUUGAAAAAGAGCAAGAAUGAUUUGAAAAAGCAUCGAAAGGAAGGGAGGGGGGAAUGUGACGAUAAUUGCUUUGAAAAUGAAAUUGAGAAUAUGCUUGAAUUGAAAUAG